AUGGAAUGGCCUGAGUUCUGUGAAUCACCUUCAGACCAAUCUUUCUUUAACAUCGUACCACCCGAAAUCGAUGUUGAUCUCACAGAAUGGACAUUUGAAGAGAACAAGCUGUUUGAGAAUGCUUUGGCUGAAUUUGAUCCUUCUUCUGCAGUCUUCUUCGAGAAUGUUGCUUCUAAGGUUCCAUGGAAGUCCAUGGACGAAAUCAAAAAACACUAUCAGGACUUAGUGGAAGAUAUAGAGAUGAUUGAGUCUGGUCUUGUCCCUCUGCCUAGCUAUAACACUGUUGAUCAGGAGUCUAAAAGUACUAACAUGAUCAAGAGUAAAAAUGAGAAGGGCUCGUCUUCGCAGACCAAAAAACUUACUAGCCAUCAACAACGGCGAAGGGGAGUUCCAUGGACAGAAGAAGAACAUCAGAGGUUCCUCAUGGGACUAAACAAAUACGGAAAAGGAGAUUGGAGGAGCAUAUCAAGGUACUAUGUUGUAAGCAAGACCCCAACCCAAGUUGCUAGCCAUGCUCAAAAGUACUUCAGACGCCAAAACAGCUCCACUCCACUUGAUAGACGCAGGCCAAGCAUUCACGACAUCCAAACUGUUAAUCCAUCCUUCAUUUCAUCGACUCAGAAGCAAAAUUACCAGCCAAACAAUGAAGAUCCAGUUCCCAUUUCCAAUCUUUAUGGGAAUAAUAUUGCUCCUACGAACAACAAUGGUGAACUCAGUGACUUUGCCAGCGGUGGCGGCGGCACCUCUUUUCCGCCGGCGGCCACCACAUUUGCAAUGGGAAACAAUAUGAACAGUCAAGUCUCCGAUGCAUACACUUCAUCGUAUCUGCUUGGUUCUUCACUGAGGAACAAAUACUGGGGUUAA